CUCUGCCGGUGAGACAUGGAGGAAUAUUCCCGUGAACCGUGCCCCUGGAGGAUAGUGGAUGACUGCGGUGGUGCGUUCACCAUGGGUGCCAUUGGAGGGGGGCUGUUUCAGUCCAUCAGGGGCUUCCGCAACGCCCCCAAGGGGGUGCGCCACAGGUUAAAAGGCAGUGCCAAUGCGGUGAGGGUGAGAGCUCCACAGAUCGGAGGCAGUUUUGCUGUGUGGGGUGGGCUGUUCUCCACUAUAGACUGUGGGCUGGUUCGUCUCCGGGGGAAGGAGGAUCCGUGGAACUCCAUCACCAGCGGGGCCCUGACCGGGGCAGUGCUGGCCUCACGCAGUGGCCCCCUGGCCAUGGUGGGCUCUGCCAUGAUGGGUGGCAUUCUGCUGGCCCUGAUCGAGGGUUUUGGGAUUCUGCUCAACAGAUACACAGCGCAGCAGUUUCAGAACUUGAGCCCCAUCACAGAGGACUCCAGCCAACUGCCCCCGGAGAACCAUACGCAGCCUGUAGGCAACCACUGAUUUGGACGGAACCAGUAAAAUCUGCACUGCAGGUUCAAUCUCAGCGUUGGACUGGUGUCCUAAAUCUGUAGCGAGAAAAUGGCAGAGGGCCAAAGGGACUUAAUUCCCUAGGGAAUUGUCCUAGGGAAAUUGUUUUCACACUGCAGGUUUUUUCUUAAGUAAACACUGAUAUCCAUGUAAGAAUUUAAAAAAAAAAAGUUUUGUGUAUUUGUGCAAAAUAUAAUGUCAGGUUUUGAAUGUGUUAUGUAUGUGCUUGUAAUUUUCGAAAAACAAAAAUGAUGUACUGUAUAACUUCUGUUUAAGGAUUCACUGUACACCACGCUGAAGAAUAGAUGGAUAUUGACCUGUUUUCACUGCACCGAACUAUCUCUAACUUUACAGUACAGUGGCUCCUCAACUUACGAACAUGGUACCAGCACACUGUUCGUAACUCAUUUGCUUUUAUAAAAUAGAUGUCCGUUGAUUUAUUAACUGCUUAGGUUUUAUAAAACCCUCAGAUGCAGUGAUACGUUGCUUGCGCUCUGCUCUAGAGGGAUUUUUAGAAAAUAGGUAAGUGAGAAAUAUAUGGAAUUUCGGGGGAAAAAAUUUUAAAAUAUAGGUGUGUGUCAGGAAAUUCCCAACCUGAAUGUUUGUAAUACAAGGAGCCAGUGUACUGCAAUGAGUUCAGCUCAGGGUAUUAUUAGAAAAAACUCUAAAGUGGAUGCAAGUGAGCAUAUACUGUUAUAUUUUGCACUAAGUUAGUCAGGCUGUGCUUCAAUCUGCCGAGUGGCAGCCUUGACUCAAGCUUCCUCAGAACCCUGGAACGUGUUGCCCAAAAAUCACUAAUUACAAAUCUGGUGCUAAUGGUUAAUGAUCAGAACUAAAAUUACAGACCUCGAUAUUUGUAUU